AUGAGUCUCAUCAGCACACCAGAGAGGAUGGAACUGAAUUUUUAUCUGGCCUCCAAAGAGACUCUUAGGCCAGUCGUCCGUGCGUUCAUGAACCAGCUGACGGCAGAAAACUGGCAGAGACUGGAGACUGGGCGUCUUGACCCAGAGACAAGUACUCGCGUGACAGCUUUGUGUGUAAAUGUUAUUGAAAUUUUGGCUCAAAGUCUGCAUGAGUCUCUCAACAGAAGACUUGAAAAACAGAAAGACUGGUCACCAGGAUCUGCUAAAUCUGUGUGUAAGGAGGACGUGCGCGAAUGUUUAGGGAACAUGGGUGAAGUCAUCGCACAGACUGUGGCAGAGGUACAGGGUGUAGGAGACAUCCACUACCCUAAGAGCGGGCGGGUGACAGAGCUCAUGGUCACAGCAGUCACAGAGAGAGUCAACUCCAGGCUGUCUAAAACAAGUGACAGUGACGACUCGGAGGAGCACAAGACUUCCCCCACUAUUCUAAUCAAACUGAGGGGACACUUCAAGAGGAUUCUCAAAAACUGCUACGAAAGGAUGAAGACAAUGUUGCACCGAGUCAAAUCAACCUGCACUGUGCAGGAGAAGGAAGAGGUGGUGGUACCCACUCAGACCUCUGUAACUUCUCUGCAAGAAGAGAAACCAGGCAGGGCCGAGUCUACGGUCAACAAAUCCCCGACUAUUUUUCAUGUGACCAAAGAAAUCCUGGAGCAACAACUGGAAGAGAUUGUUCAUGAUGCUCAGAGUUACUCCACAGAGGAAGAAGAUAGCCUGCUUCUUUCUCAAACCAGCAAGGACUACGAGUUAUCAGAGUUAUCAUCUCAGAUUGUUGAAAAUUUUACAGAGGAUGUUCCACAGGACCUGGCUGGAUGUCACACAGAAGAUCUCUUAGGAUACCGCAGGAGAAAAGUCAUCAGGCAGAUGAGGACUGUCUUUGUCCAAACAUUUGCUCGAGGGUCAAUCCUGAGCAUGAUGUCUAAAUUCAGACGCAAGCCGGCCUCCCGUAAAGAACAGGAAGCUGUGAAAUUAGUCAAUUCACAGCUGAUUAAGAGUGUGGAUGAUCUUUUAACAGAGUUCAUUACAACAAACAAUCAGGUACCAAGUCGUGGGUCAUUAGAGGAUUGCCCCUUUGAGAAAUUAGCCAGCAUCUUUUCCGGUGACGAGCUGGAAAGUUUUGCUGAAAAGCUGAGAGACACAUUGGCCAGUCACUUGACACCACCAAAAGUCCAAGAAAAAACACACCGAGAAGAGAUUCGUGCUGGAGUAGACAAGAUCCUUAAAGAGACGAGGAAGUGGCUAAAGAAGCAGAGCCGACUGCGCAAGAUUAGGAAGGACUGUGUGAGCAUGACUCUCAAGAAGUUCAGGAGAUUUGUGCAGAAUAACCAGUCAGAUCUCAGUCCCCCCAAAACUGGAGCUGAGGAUCAGACCUGCCCCACACCUGUGCGAGAGGAGGUUCAAAGCUUCACAGCUGAGAAGGAAGAAGAAGAGGCCUGCUCAGAUGAGGAGGAGGAAGAAGAGGCCUGCUCAGAUGAGGAGGAGGAAGAAGAGGCCUGCUCAGAUGAGGAGGAGAAGGAAGAGGUCUGCUCAGAUGAGGAGGAGAAGGAAGAGGUCUACACAGCUGAGGAGGAGGAAGAAGAGGUCUACACAGCUGAGGAGGAGAAGGAAGAGGUCUACACAGCUGAGGAGCAAGUAGAACAGGCUCAGGUGGCAAAACCAUCUGGUGAAAACACUGAAUCUGUUCUGUGGGACCCACUGAUUUGCCAAAUCAUUGUGAAGAUGUUCUUACGCAAAGUCAUGAAAAAUUUCUUCCCCGAUCAGACCUACAAAUCAGCUGAAGCCAGACUGACAGACAUGCUGUAUGAAAAGAUGAGUGGUACUUCUGUUAAUGUGGAUUUGAGCCUGAAAAGCAUCAAAAAGAAAUGCAAAGCUGUGUACAAAGAAGUGCUCAAAAAUGUUGAUGCUUCAGUUCUUUGGUUAAAUCUCUUGGAAGAGGAUCAACCACUCCUUGAGGCUGUGGCUGAGGCUCUAAUGAAGCAUUUUUCAUCAGAAAGACCCAGCUCCAUCCAAAAGUUCUUCAGAUGUCUUCUCCGGACUUUCACUUCAGCUUGGACCCCCUGGGCUUCCCGCCUAACUGCAGCUUGUCGCGCAUGA